AUGUUAAUUCUUCCCAAAACUCCUGAAUUAAUGGCUUUCAUGAUCAAAAAAGAGUACUAAUUAUUAUUUAUCGAUAAUAAAAAUAAAAAUCUGACAACCAAACAACUUUUUUUUUUGAACAAAAUAGAAGGAUGGGUAAUGAUCUAUUAUGAAAUAUAUGGUUAUUAAUAAUGCUAGCAUGAUAUUAUAGAUUUCUUAAUUUAAAAAUAUAGAAGUUUUGUGGUAUUUCUCCAUCUGAGAUUUAUUAUUUUUCAUUAUUAAAUGUUUCAUUUAGUAUUUUUCCUUACGAUUUGCACAUACGUCUAUGCUUAAACCAAAUUCUUAUUGCAAGGUCCUCUGCCUCUCUAUAUUGAUUGUAAAAUCUCAAGUCCAAGUAAGGAUAUCUCCUAAACUUUCAAGUUGAGAAUGGGUUUAUUGGAAAUCAAUACUUUUAUAAUUCUCUAUCUUAAGACGGAACCCUAUUAAAUUUGGAUAAGAUCACUUUUAGCUUGUGGAUGCAGGUUCAUUCAGAUCCAUAAUUGAAAGAAAAAUAACUAAUAUUUGCUUUUUAUGACGGCAAUUAAACAGCUGUAAGAAUCAUAGUAUAUUAAGACCAUAAAUGUGAUGCUGUACUAUUAAACAGAAAAGGAUGGCACUUAUUUGUAUUUCAUAAACGAGAAAUUUUCAUAGUAAAUAAUAAAGCUAAAAAUAACUAUGUAAUUAUCAAUAUAAAUAUGUAGUAUCAAUAAAGUAUGGAAUUUUUUAUUUAUUUCAAUUGAUUAAAGCGCUGAUAGUAGUUUUAUUAAUCUUAAGUUUUUUUCAAUCGGAGAUACUUCAAAUAAUCCUUAAUUUUCUCAAGCUAUUGAGACAUUAGUAAAUUAAAAGUAUCAAUCCAACAUUAUUUUAGAUUGGUAUAUAUUUUUAAUGAACGCUCGAGAAUAACAAAUGAGAUUUUUAAUGGGUUUACUUAAAAAGAUCAAAAAGCUUGCAUAAAUAUAGCCAAUUUUUACUUUAUCAACGGGUGGACCAGUAUGGACAGGGAGUUUUAUGUUGAUUACGAUUCAGAACUUAAAUUUGAAUUAAAACCUUUUGCAUCUGAUGGAAUAAUUGUAAGUACUACUUAUCCUGAAAUAAUCUUAAGAAAGUUCACAAUCCCUUUUGAAUAUACUGGAAGUAUUGGGAUGAACUUUUAUAAAAAUACAUAAAUAGUGUAUAAUUUCUUUGAAUAAUUGCCCUCAAUAACAAUAAUGUUUUGGGUAAAACCUUAAAAUCUUGUAUCUUCAUUUUAAUUUUUAUCAUUGACAGAUGAUGUAUUAUAAGAGACAAGCAUAGGUUUUGGAGUAAAUAAGCUUUACAAUCUAUUAUUUUAUUAAGGUUUCUCCAAAACACCUGUCUGUCCUUUGUCUUAAAAUGCAUGGAAUCAUGUCACAGUUGGUAUAUUAGAUAUAAGCAUUAAUGAUGAUUUUAAGGCAUUAAAUUAAAGGAAAUUAUUGAGAAUUUUUAUUGACAAUGUUGAACGAAACUUAACCCUAAUUACAAACGUUAAACCUUAUAAAAGAUUAGUGUUAGGACCCGUAUUUAUGGAUGAUUAGGGAUCAGAAAUUGUUGAAAUUUAAGAUAUCAAAAUUUUUAAAGGAUUUGGAAUUAGAUAAACUUAUAAUCAAGAUUGUUAAAUAUUUGUUGGCGCCUAUUGUGCAUUUUGUAAAUCGAACACUCAUUACUGUAAAGAAUAGGAUCCUAAUGAUGAUACAAAAUUUUAUAUAUGUCCAGCUGGAUAUAAAUAUGAAAAUUACUUAUGCACAAAAAUAAUAAUUCCAAACUGUCUCAGAAUGUCAUCAUCAUCACCUUCAUGUGAAAUUUGUGAUUAGAAUUAUAACUUAAUUAGUGGCUUAUGUUAAUUAAAGACUUUAGUGGCAUCUACCCCAUUCACUUGUAGUGAUUCAAGUGCAAGACUUUGUUCAUUGAACACUACUUCAGAUAUAAUUCUCAAAUCUUCAACUACUAAACAGGUAAGUAAAUUAUGCAAUAAUAAUAAAUAUUCUAAUGCUCAAUCAACAUGCACUUCAUUAGCAGUACCUUAUUGCGAUAAAGCUUAAUAUUAAAGUGCCUGUAAUUAAUGCAGCACUAACUUUAUUAUGACAGAUAAAAGAACUUGCUCAACUACUUGUCUAAAUGUCUUAAAAUUUGUUGGAUAAAAUAAUAUCUGUGUAGGUAAGUGUGAUAGAUACUUCUUUAAAGCUAUUUGUUAAUCUAAUAAAUAUAAAAGUAUAAUAUAAAAUUGUAAUCUUUAAAAAAAUUGUACAAGCACUGAAGUAGAUAUUGGUUAUUAUUGCUUGCCAAAAGAAUUCAGUACUAUAGGUAAAACUCUAAAUUGCUUAAAUAAAAUAGCGACUUGCAAUUCAAUCUGCAAAUAUUGUUUUGGAACUGAAAGCACUCAUUGUUUGGGAUGUAAUUCGGGUAUGUAUUAUAACCCUUAUAUGACAACUUGUAUGCCGAACUGCAAUAACGCAGCUAAAGGUAAUAUCUUUUUAUUCAAUAACUUAAAUAAUUUCUUAUGUGAAAAGGAAUGCCCAACUAACUUAUAUACAUAGAAUUCUGAUUGUGUCACAGUAUGUAGUGCUGGAUAUAAAUUAUAUGAUAGAAAAUGCAUUCUAACAAAUUUAAAUGCAACAUAUGAAGUAGUAUUAGAUCUCCCUGAUUAUGUACCACCAACUUAAAUGGUUGUACUAAAGUAUUGUCCCUAACUUUGUAAAUAAUGUACAAGUUAAACAGUAUGCACCAGUUGCUUAAAUCAGUAUCCAAUGGAUUAAAAUAUGUGUGUUAAGUCAUGCUAUCCCCAAUACUUAGAAGUAAUAGAUAAUGUUGGUUCAUGUAGAACAUCAUGUUAACCUCAUGAUUUGAUUUAUGAAAAUGAUAACAUUAAUGGAUAUCAGAUUAAUUAAUGCUUUAAGAUAAAAUGUGGUUCUAUAAGAGCGAAUAAAGAUUAUUAAACUUUCCUUCACUAAUCUGACUCUCAUCGAUGCAUGUAUCCUUGUGAAGACGGAUAUUAUGGUAAUACUUUACUCUUAUAAUGCUUACCUUGUAAUCCUAUUUGUGCUACUUGCUCACAAAGUGCAAUCUUCUGCACUUCUUGUCCAUACUUUAAAUUUUUGGAUUAAUCAGGUUGCUACGCAUCUUGCUAAGGUAAGUAUCAAAAUUAUUUGAACUCAAAAUGUGAAGGAUCAUGUUCAUUGGGAUUUUAGGUGAUGGAUGUGGCCAAAAGUAUAUAUGCAUGUGUUGAGUAUUGUGGAGCCAACUAUCCAACUUAUGAGUAUUCUUGGAAUAAUAGAUGUUAUGAAGAAGCACCAACGGUAGGAGCUUAUUGUGAAGACAAGAAUUGUUAUAAUUGCAAUUAUAAGUGUAAAACCUGUUCUGGUCCAAACUAAAAUUAAUGUUUAAGUUGUAAACCUAAAUCAUAUCUACUAAACAAUGAGUGCGUGAAAUAGUGCUAUCCAUUAUAUUAUGAUAAUAUAAAAUGGAAAUGUGUUGAUAAUUGUACUGACUCUAUAUAAACCUCCGGCUGGUAAAAUGUUAAUGGUUCCUCCGUAAUAGUUACAUAUUGUUCAGUUACUUGCUUGUUUUAUUAGUAUUAAUUCAAAGAAAUAUGCUAUAAUUCUAAACCUCCAGAAACAUAUUGCUUAUAGAGAACCAAUUAUUAUUUUUGUGAUAGUUGUGCCUCAGUUUGCAAAGAAUGUCAAAAUGCUUACUCUACAUCCUGCUCAAGAUGUUCACCCGGUGCUUAUUUAUAUGGAACUACAUGCUAUUCAGAUUGUCCAAACAAUGCACCUUAUAAGGAUUAAAGCAGACUUUAAUGCGUGACGAAUUGCGAUUACUAUGCUGAAAAUGGAAUUUGCGUUUAUUCUUGUUCCUCUUCAUAUUACUAAUUUCCAGACUUAAGAACAUGUUACCAAAUGGGUUGUCCUAUUGGAACUUAUAAUCUGAAAUACACUAAAUAUUGCUAUAGAUGUUACACUGGGUGUGCAACUUGCACAAACGGUUAUUAAGAUGGAUGUUUGACUUGCUAAGUUGGAUACUUUAUGAAUGGAGGGACAACAUGUAUUAAUUAAUGCUUAGUUGAACCUGAUUUAGUUUAAGAUUGGGUUAACAGUAAAUGUGUUUAAUAAUGUCCUUAUGGAACUUUCAUUAGAACAUUAGAUAGUGGGGCGCUUGCUUGUACUGAAGAUUGUCCCAAAUAUUAUUAUUCAAACAUAUGCGUUUCAGAAUGUCCAAGCCAAACUUAUUUAGAUAAAAAAAUUUGCAGAAGUUGUGCAGGUCCUUGUUCAGAAUGUUUUGGCGUUAAAGUAAAUGAGUGCACUAAAUGUGAUAUUGGUUAUUAUAGAGACGAAACAACUUGCUAUGCUGUUUGCCCUGAUCCUAAGCCUUAUGCAAAUUUAGCUGACUCAACCUGUGUGACUACUUGUCCAGACUACUUAUAUUUGAAAAAGAAUUAUUGCUUUAGUCCUUGUCCUGGAUUCUUAUAUUAAUAUGAAUUAAACAGCAAAAGAGAAUGUGUAGAUUAAUGCUAUUCAAAUUCAUACUUAUGGCUUGGUAAAUGCUAUCAAUGUGAUCCUAUUUGUAAAGAGUGUUUUGGGCCUAAUAACGGUAAUUGUCUUGAAUGUAAACUUCCUUACUUUUUGGAUGAGUAAACUUGUGGAAAUACUUGCCCUUAGUUUUAUGAUUUAACAGAUCAUGUUUGCAAAGAUGCAUGUCCGGUUAAUUUAGUAAUCUAAGGAAUGAAUUGUUAAAAUACAUGCGAUUUAGGAUAUUUAGUGUAUAAUUAAGUUUGCAUUCAAUCGUGUCCAUCAUUUGCAUAUCAAGUUAAUAAUUACUGUUAUGAUUGCAAUCUAUAUUGCAAGACAUGUUUUGGACCAACAGCUGAUGAAUGUGGAUCUUGCAUUGACAAUUAUUAUUUAGAACAACAGAGUUGUAAAUCAGUGUGUCCUAAGUUUUAUAAUAAAGAAAAUAAUACAUGUAUGGAGGAUUGUAGUAGUAUGUAUGAAAUAACAGAAAAAAAAGAAUGCGUUACAACUUGUCCAUCAUAAUAUAUCAUCUGUGAAUCUAAAUGUAUUUAAGUUCUAUAGGAUGGAUAUUAUUUAGAUGGUAAUCAAUGUUAAAAAUGUAAUUCUAAAUGUUUAAAAUGCACCUCACCAACAGUUUGCUAAGCUUGCGCCAAAAAUUUUUAUCUUGAAGUAACUUCUUGUGUGAAUUUUUGCUCAAAUGAAUAUUUGUUCAUGGAUCCCAUUUCAAGUUCUUGUGUCACUAAAUGUCCUUCUACUUUAUACCAUUUAGAGUCAUUUGGUAAAAGAUUCUGUGUGUCAGAUUGCCCUUAUAAACAUUAUGAUCAAUGUGUAUCAGCUUGUCCAAGUGGAAUGUAUCCAAAAGAUACUAUCUGUACUUAAUGUCCAAAAUAUUGCAAUGAAUGCGAGUCAGCUACAAAAUGCUCAUCCUGUUUAUUUGGUUAUUAUUUAUAAGAUGAACAAUGCUAACUAAGUUGCACAACUGGAAAAACAGAUAGAAAGAACAUUAAAUGUGUUGAUGAAUGUGACCCUUCCUUAUUUGAAUAUUAAAAUGAAUGUUUAGAAAAUUGUCCUACUGAUCCAAUUCUAUAUAGAAAUAAAUAGAUAUGUGCUCUUAAUUGCCCAAUAAAUACCUACCAAAUUGAAUAAGAGUGUAAGGAUUGUGAUUCAUCCUGUACAAUAUGUAUUGGACCCUCAUUUUAAGAUUGCAUCACUUGUUCGGACGGUUAUUAUCUAGAUAAUCAAAUUUGCACAUAAACAUGUUCAAAAUUAUAUGAUGAUGUCAACAAAUAAUGUGUACUUACUUGUCCUACUAAUCUGUUCUAAGAUCUAGAUAAAUGUGUUGCAAUUUGUGGUAUAUAUGAGUACAAUAGUGUAUGUGUCAAUACUUGUCCACCAUUAACGUACGUUUUAAAUAAAAAAUGCUAUGAUUGUUCUGAAAAUUGUCAGGAAUGUAAUUCUUUUGGAUGUAUUAAAUGUGCUGUUGGUACCUAUUUAGAUGAUGGGUUAUGUAAUAACUAUUGCCCAUAUUAUUACAACGAUGUUAAUAAUGAAUGUGCAUAAUUAUGCCCUAAAGAUACAUACUUAUAUAUUGACCAUUGUUACUCUCAAUGUCCAUUGAGUACUUUUUAGUAUAAGAAAGAUUGUCUUCUAGCUUGUCCAUCUUUAACAGUAUUAUAGAAUACUUAAUGUGUAUAAUGUCCUGAAAGAUGUUUAACAUGUAAGAGUGAAUAUGAAUGUUCUAAAUGUGAAAGUCCAUACUUUUUAUUUAAUGGUUCCUGUGUUGUGCAUUGCCCAUUAUAAUUACCAUAUGAAGAUAUUAAUAAUGGCCAAUGUGUGUCUGUUUGUCCACCAGAAGCUUAUGAGAGAGGAUAUGAAUGUGUGAAAGAAUGUAAUUUAAUCAUAUACUAAAAAUAAUGUCUUUAAACUUGCCCUACAGGAUAUUAUGGUAAUGAUUAUUGUAAGCCAUGUCGGUUAGAAUGUAAAGCAUGUUCAAGUUUUGAAGUAUGCACUGAAUGUAAUGAUAACUUUUUCCUUGAAUUUAAUUAAUGUGAUACAUUAUGUACGAAAAUUAAGGAUUUAAAAUCCAAAUCAUGUGUUGAUACAUGUAACUCAUUACUAUAUAAAAAUGUUUGUUAUGAAACAUGUCCUUAGAACACUUAUGAAAAUGUAAAUGAAUGUGUCUUAAGUUGUAAUGAUGGCUAUUAUGGUUCUCAAGACUUUAAAUGUCUAAAGUGUCCUUAAUAAUGUAGAACUUGCACUAAUGCUUUAUAAUGUACUAAAUGCAAUAUUGGAUAUUUUCUACAUAAUAAGCAAUGUUUGGACUAGUGUCCAGGAUAAUUUUUUUCGAACCCUUUACUUAAUGAAUGUUCGACGAAGUGUCCUUAAACUACAUUUAUAUUUUAAAAUUCAUGUCUGUUUGAAUGUCCAACUGAAUAUUUAAAUGAUAUGGAAAAUUAUAAAUGUGUGAAUAGUUGUGGAUCUUAAUAAUAUUUAAGUAAAAAGAACUGUUUAAGAUGUGCAAUAGAAUGUGAAUCUUGUACUGGCAGAGGAAAUAAUAAUUGUAUCAAAUGUGCAAGUGGGUUUACAUUAACUGAAGAUGGACUUUGCUUAGGUAGUUGUAAAGAUGGAUAUUAUCAGUCAGAUAGUUCAUGUCAAAAAUGUCUACAUAAAUGCUAAACUUGUGAAAAUGGAACUGAUUGUACUAAAUGUAGAGGUACUAAUCGAAAUGCUCAAGAUUGUUCUUGUUCAAAAGGAUAUUAUGAUGAUGAAUACUAGGAUGAUUGUAAAAAAUGUCCUUGUGAUGAAUGUACUGCUGGUGAUAACUGUCUUAUAUGCAGAAACAAUUUAUAAGUUCCAAAAUGCUCUUGUGAUCGAGUCCUUAAUGAUGAUUGGUGUAUAACAUGUCAAGUAGCAAAAGUCAAUAUCUAUUACACUGAUGAUCUUAACGAAAUAAUUGUUUAUUUUGGAUAUUUGAUUUCUGUUGAUUUAAUUAAUCCCUUUUAACCUUCAGAUUGUUCUUUAUGGUUUGAUAAUUCUGAAAUCUUUGGUUAAAAUGCUUAAUGUNGCCCAUAUUAUUACAACGAUGUUAAUAAUGAAUGUGCAUAAUUAUGCCCUAAAGAUACAUACUUAUAUAUUGACCAUUGUUACUCUCAAUGUCCAUUGAGUACUUUUUAGUAUAAGAAAGAUUGUCUUCUAGCUUGUCCAUCUUUAACAGUAUUAUAGAAUACUUAAUGUGUAUAAUGUCCUGAAAGAUGUUUAACAUGUAAGAGUGAAUAUGAAUGUUCUAAAUGUGAAAGUCCAUACUUUUUAUUUAAUGGUUCCUGUGUUGUGCAUUGCCCAUUAUAAUUACCAUAUGAAGAUAUUAAUAAUGGCCAAUGUGUCUCUGUUUGUCCACCAGAAGCAUAUGAGAGAGGAUAUGAAUGUGUAAAAGAAUGUGAUUUAAUCAUUUACUAAAAAUAAUGUAUUUAAACAUGCCCUACUGGAUAUUAUGGUAAUGAUUUUUGUAGGCCAUGUCGAUUAGAAUGUAAAGCAUGUUCAAGUUUUGAAGUUUGCACUGAAUGUAAUGAUAACUUUUUCCUUGAAUUUAAUUAAUGUGAUACAUUAUGUACAAAAAUUAAGGAUUUAAAAUCAAAAUCAUGUAUUGAUUCAUGUAACUAAUUACUAUAUAAAAAUGUUUGUUAUGAAACUUGUCCUUAGAACACUUAUGAAAAUAUAAAUGAAUGUGUCUUAAGUUGUAAUGAUGGCUAUUAUGGUUCUCAAGACUUUAAAUGUCUAAAGUGUCCUUAAUAAUGUAGAACUUGCACUAAUGCUUUAUAAUGUACUAAAUGCAAUAUUGGAUAUUUUCUACAUAAUAAGCAAUGUUUGGACUAGUGUCCAGGAUAAUUUUUUUCGAACCCUUUACUUAAUGAAUGUUCGACGAAGUGUCCUUAAACUACAUUUAUAUUUUAAAAUUCAUGUCUGUUUGAAUGUCCAACUGAAUAUUUAAAUGAUAUGGAAAAUUAUAAAUGUGUGAAUAGUUGUGGAUCUUAAUAAUAUUUAAGUAAAAAGAACUGUUUAAGAUGUGCAAUAGAAUGUGAAUCUUGUACUGGCAGAGGAAAUAAUAAUUGUAUCAAAUGUGCAAGUGGGUUUACAUUAACUGAAGAUGGACUUUGCUUAGGUAGUUGUAAAGAUGGAUAUUAUCAGUCAGAUAGUUCAUGUCAAAAAUGUCUACAUAAAUGCUAAACUUGUGAAAAUGGAACUGAUUGUACUAAAUGUAGAGGUACUAAUCGAAAUGCUCAAGAUUGUUCUUGUUCAAAAGGAUAUUAUGAUGAUGAAUACUAGGAUGAUUGUAAAAAAUGUCCUUGUGAUGAAUGUACUGCUGGUGAUAACUGUCUUAUAUGCAGAAACAAUUUAUAAGUUCCAAAAUGCUCUUGUGAUCGAGUCCUUAAUGAUGAUUGGUGUAUAACAUGUCAAGUAGCAAAAGUCAAUAUCUAUUACACUGAUGAUCUUAACGAAAUAAUUGUUUAUUUUGGAUAUUUGAUUUCUGUUGAUUUAAUUAAUCCCUUUUAACCUUCAGAUUGUUCUUUAUGGUUUGAUAAUUCUGAAAUCUUUGGUUAAAAUGCUUAAUGUNGAUGAUGGGUUAUGUAAUAACUAUUGCCCAUAUUAUUACAACGAUGUUAAUAAUGAAUGUGCAUAAUUAUGCCCUAAAGAUACAUACUUAUAUAUUGACCAUUGUUACUCUCAAUGUCCAUUGAGUACUUUUUAGUAUAAGAAAGAUUGUCUUCUAGCUUGUCCAUCUUUAACAGUAUUAUAGAAUACUUAAUGUGUAUAAUGUCCUGAAAGAUGUUUAACAUGUAAGAGUGAAUAUGAAUGUUCUAAAUGUGAAAGUCCAUACUUUUUAUUUAAUGGUUCCUGUGUUGUGCAUUGCCCAUUAUAAUUACCAUAUGAAGAUAUUAAUAAUGGCCAAUGUGUCUCUGUUUGUCCACCAGAAGCAUAUGAGAGAGGAUAUGAAUGUGUAAAAGAAUGUGAUUUAAUCAUUUACUAAAAAUAAUGUAUUUAAACAUGCCCUACUGGAUAUUAUGGUAAUGAUUUUUGUAGGCCAUGUCGAUUAGAAUGUAAAGCAUGUUCAAGUUUUGAAGUUUGCACUGAAUGUAAUGAUAACUUUUUCCUUGAAUUUAAUUAAUGUGAUACAUUAUGUACAAAAAUUAAGGAUUUAAAAUCAAAAUCAUGUAUUGAUUCAUGUAACUAAUUACUAUAUAAAAAUGUUUGUUAUGAAACUUGUCCUUAGAACACUUAUGAAAAUAUAAAUGAAUGUGUCUUAAGUUGUAAUGAUGGCUAUUAUGGUUCUCAAGACUUUAAAUGUCUAAAGUGUCCUUAAUAAUGUAGAACUUGCACUAAUGCUUUAUAAUGUACUAAAUGCAAUAUUGGAUAUUUUCUACAUAAUAAGCAAUGUUUGGACUAGUGUCCAGGAUAAUUUUUUUCGAACCCUUUACUUAAUGAAUGUUCGACGAAGUGUCCUUAAACUACAUUUAUAUUUUAAAAUUCAUGUCUGUUUGAAUGUCCAACUGAAUAUUUAAAUGAUAUGGAAAAUUAUAAAUGUGUGAAUAGUUGUGGAUCUUAAUAAUAUUUAAGUAAAAAGAACUGUUUAAGAUGUGCAAUAGAAUGUGAAUCUUGUACUGGCAGAGGAAAUAAUAAUUGUAUCAAAUGUGCAAGUGGGUUUACAUUAACUGAAGAUGGACUUUGCUUAGGUAGUUGUAAAGAUGGAUAUUAUCAGUCAGAUAGUUCAUGUCAAAAAUGUCUACAUAAAUGCUAAACUUGUGAAAAUGGAACUGAUUGUACUAAAUGUAGAGGUACUAAUCGAAAUGCUCAAGAUUGUUCUUGUUCAAAAGGAUAUUAUGAUGAUGAAUACUAGGAUGAUUGUAAAAAAUGUCCUUGUGAUGAAUGUACUGCUGGUGAUAACUGUCUUAUAUGCAGAAACAAUUUAUAAGUUCCAAAAUGCUCUUGUGAUCGAGUCCUUAAUGAUGAUUGGUGUAUAACAUGUCAAGUAGCAAAAGUCAAUAUCUAUUACACUGAUGAUCUUAACGAAAUAAUUGUUUAUUUUGGAUAUUUGAUUUCUGUUGAUUUAAUUAAUCCCUUUUAACCUUCAGAUUGUUCUUUAUGGUUUGAUAAUUCUGAAAUCUUUGGUUAAAAUGCUUAAUGUUAUUUAUCUUGGAAUAGAUAUGCCGUUCAUAUAACACUAAAGCCAUAUGCAUCUGUCACUAUUGGAGACAAGUUGAGUUUUAAAAGCUCAUUUUAUAGAGAUGUAGAUCAAGGAAUUUGCGAUGGGCAAUUUAUAGAAUAAUUUAUUGAAAACAAAGUAGGAGAACCUAAAAGCUUGUAAAAACCAUAUAUUUUAUUUGAUAUUCCCUCUUUUGUUAGUACUUGUAAAACAAUAUAUAUCAAAUAAAUUCUAUUAGAUGGUACUGGUUAAAAAAUUUAAAAUGUUCUAUCUUGGACACUUAAAGAAAUGAAGGAUGAAGAAUAGUAUUUAUAAAUGGAUGCCUUUUUAGCAAAUUAGCUAAAUGAAAUUACAAUACCAAUUGGUACAUUGUAACCAAAUCUUACAUAUACAAUCACAGCAAAAUAUGUUAAUUUCUUGCAAAGAGUGAAUUUCACCACUUUUACAUUCACAACUCUUCCAAUACAAGCUCCUUAUGUAUUUUUAUCAUAUGAACCUCUAAUAGCUAGAGUGUAUAUAUUUGAUUGUCAUGUCUCGUACUCGGAUAUGAAAAAUGAAUUUAAUGUUGCUAUUGAAAUAACAGAUGGUAAAAAUAAAACAUAUAUCUCAUUAACAUAAUAAAUAAAUCCAAUUUAUGAAAUUGCACUAAAUGAAUCUCUACUUCCUAAAGAAACUCCUUUACUAUUUACUGCUUCAACAGGAAGUUCUAUUAUAAUAGAAACUAUUUAUCUAAAAUCAAAACUAAUUGAUAUUAAAUUUUUAUAAAAAGAUAGAUUUAUUGGAUUAGAUAAUCAAAUUAAUGCAAGAGGGUAUGAUAGAAAUAUAUAGGAUGAAAUUUUGAGUACAAUGGAAAUUAAUUAUGAAUGGCAAUGUAAUAACUUAUUUAAUUUAUAACCUUGUAAAACUGAUGAGAACUAAAUUAUGCAAUUUCCUUCUAGAAGAGUAGUCAAUAUUUUUGCUGAUAGUUAAAAUACAACUUUAGUGUUCUUUGCAAAAGCAUCGAAAGGAGAUAGAUGGACAGUCAAAGAAUAGUUAAUAGUAAUCACAGAUUUUAACAUCGAAGAACAAUUUUAUAUCAAUAAUAAUGAUCCUUAAAAUUCCAUUAAUGCAAAUGAUGAAGUAACAAUCUUAAUAAAAAAAUAAUAAAAGUAUGCCUUUAUUAUUCAAUAACACAAAAUUUUAUAGUCCAUGAAAAUAUCAAGUUUGUCAUUAAAAUUUAGAUUGGCUGGUUUAACUACUGAUUAUAUCAGUCCUGUCUACAUCUAUUUGGUACCAGGUAAUGAAUCAAUCGCUUUCAAAUUGAAUGAUCCUCCUCAACAAAUGUAUUUCCAGAUUGAGCCAUUGGUUGGAGAAUCUCUAGAUUAUUUUAAUUACUCUCUUUCAAAUCUUUAAGCUGGAAAUUCAAUAAGUUUCUAUUAUUAUUUUGAAAAUUCCAUUCUUGAAAAUGAUGUUAAUACAUAAUCUGUAAUUCAUGGAAUACCAUUAAUCACAGACUCAAAGGAAACUGUUGGAUAAUUUUAGUUGCCAAAUGGAAUCACUAAUAAUUCAAUAUCUGUUCUGUGUGAGAUAUAAUCCUCUUAUGGAGCUAAAUCGUAUUUGAAAAAAGAGGUUUACGUAAUGAGGAAAAAUUAUGAAUUGCAAUAAUUAUAUCAAUCCUUCUCUAAUAAAACAAAUUUAGAGAAUUUACAAAGUCUUCAUACGAUGAUUGCACUAAUAUAGUUAGAAGAACAGUAGGUUUGCUUGAAAUAAUGCUCAGGUGUUGGGACAUGUGUAAAUAAGAAAUGUUAAUGUCCUCCUGGUUAUUACUUUGCUGAUUGUAGUGGAAAUUAAGAGUAAUAAGCAAAAUUCAAUGAUUUUAUGUUUAAUGCUAUGUAAUCCCUAACCAAAACACCUAUCGCAAAUAAUGAUGACAUGAAAUUGUUUAGUCAAACUUUAUACUUCUUAUCAUAAUUUAGCUCUAAUAAUACAUUAAGUUUAGAAGAUUGUUCCGCUGUUUUGAAAUAAUACAUAACGAAUACAAAUUCGAGAUUAGAAUAGAUAAAUUAAUAUUCAAUAAAUUUAUAAUAUUAAUCAACCGAGGAUUUUAAUUACUCUUAAAUAGAUAUUCGCUCUUUAGUAAAUAAAAACGAUUUACACACAGUCCUUAAAAGUACUGUUUUUAUGUGGGAAAAGACAUUAUUCACUUCAGGUUCUAAUGUUUAUUAAUUAUAAAAUCAACUCAACAAUUUGAUAAAUAAUAUCAUUGAACUAACCAUCUUUUCUUUAAACCCUAACGAUAAAAUAGACUUUUCAAUAGAUACUGCAUCUAUAACUAUUUAAAAAUCUUAAAACCUUCCAUAUAACUCAAGUAGGCUGUUAGAAGAAAUCAAUAGUUAGAAAUCAGCAAUUUAUGAUAUCGUUUAUGCAAUUUACAUUAGAAACUUCUAUGCUUUUGAUGGCUAUUUCCCAUACCCUUAACAAAUUUACCCACUAUAUGAUUAUUAAAUCAGAUAGACAAGUCGAAAAGAAAAUAUAUAGUUAGAUUAGCCAAUCUCAUAUCGAUUCGGAGUUCAAAAUGAUUCCACUAAUUUAGUUUGCUUAUAAAGAAAUGCUAAGACCUUUGAAUGGUUUAGUUAAAAUUGCACCCUUGCUGAAAUAAAUUCUACUUACUAUUGUAAUUGUACUACUCUCUCUCCUACAACAAUUUGUAAUGACUAUGAUUUUCUUUAUCAAGGUUCUUCAGGAUUUAAGAUAAGUCUUCCAAAUAUUUUUUAUAUCGUUUACAUUGUUUAAUUAAUAAUAUUAGGAAUAUUUGUGAGCAAAUCAAAAGCAUAAAAUGCUGAAUUAAAAUCUGAAAAUACUAAAUUUGGCCGUGUCUUUAAAUUAGCUAAACAUAACAAAGUGAAUGUAAUAGGUGGCUAAGUUUAUCCAGCUGAGCAUGAAAAAGACACAAAAGAAUUAAUAAUAAAGCCAUAAGUAAGAAAUAAAGAUGACAAAAAUGAUAAAUUUCAUUUUAAUCAUUUCUGGGUACUUAAUUUAUGCUUAUAUUUAGAAAUACCACUGCUUAUCAUAGUUGAUAUAUAAAUAGAUGGCUUACCUUAGCCCAUUCAUGAGAUCUCUUUUAAUAUUAUUAAGAUGGAAUUCUGCAGUGAUUAUUGGAGAAGUUUUAUCUUUGAUUUAUUUUGACUACUAAAUAUCUAUCUGGAUUAUAUUUGGAUCAAUAAUCAUAAUGAGACUUAGUGAAAAUUUCCUAAAAGUAAAUAUAAUUCUAAUUUUAGAAAUAAAUAAAGUAUUUUUUUAUCAUGAAGCAAAUUAUUCUGGUCAUAUUAAUUAAAGGUUUUAUAUUUUUACUAUUGUUGUUCACUAUAUUAUGUGGAAUUUAUUUUUAUUUACUGAUCGAUGACUAAACAAGUUUGGUAUUUAAUCUAUUAUAUUUAGAUACUUUCUUAUUCAAUUGCAAUACUAAUUGAUAUCCUUCUACUUGAUAUCGUUAUUUUUAGCUCUAAAAGAUUUUUAGGAGAAAAUAAGAAGAAGAUUAUAAGAAAAAAGGUUAAUGAGCUAAAAUAAGUUGCUAAAGUACAUAAGUAAAACGAUUGA